AUGGCCAAAGACGCCGGCAUUGGGAAUGUGCGAAUGGUUUUGGGCUCGGACAGCUCGUUCACAGCAAUCCUGGAAGAUGGAGAAGUGGUUGCCUGGGGAAAUCCCAAUAGCCGCCUGAUCAGCUACAAUCAUGAACGGAUGAGGACGGUGCAACAAAUCCGGGCCUCGGACUACGCCUUCGCCGCGGUGCUGUCGGACCAGAGCGUCAUCACCUGGGGCCAUCACUCCUUCGGCGGCAACAGCAGUUCCGUCCAAGACCAGUUGAAGAACGUCUUGGACGUGGUCUCCUCUCAACGAGCUUUUGCUGCCAUGAAAAGCGACGGUUCAGUGGUCACCUGGGGCGAUCCCAACAGCGGAGGUGACAGCAGCAAAGUUCAACAUCAAUUGAGACGGGUGCAGAAGGUCGUGUCUUCCUACGACGCUUUCGCAGCCAUUCUGCUGGACGGAUCUGUGGUGACCUGGGGCGAUGGAGGAUCUGGAGGUGACAGCUGCCAAGUGCAUCUCAGAAGUGUACGGGAAAUCGCCGCCUCUGGCGCAGCCUUUGCUGCCAUUCUGGCGGAUGGUCGUGUCGAGACCUGGGGAGAUGAUCGCUAUGGUGGAGAUUGCAGCAGUGUCAAAGCUCAGCUGCUGGACGUUCAGACCAUCUGCGGCUCCGCCGGCGCCUUUGCUGCCCUACGCUGUGGCGGUUCCGUCGUGACCUGGGGCGGUGCCGACUAUGGCGCCGACAGCAGCCGGGUGCAAGGACAGUUGAAGAAAGUACAGCAAAUCCACUCCACCUUUCAUGCCUUUGCUGCGAUUCUGGAGAAUGGAUCGGUGGUUUGUUGGGGCGAUGCAGAUUCUGGUGGUGACUGCAGCAGUGUUUCAGAUCAGCUGGUGGACGUCCUCCACAUUUCUUCCACAGGAGGAGCCUUCGCUGCGGCUCUGAAAGAUGGCUCUGUGAUCACUUGGGGCAAUCCCGAAUAUGGAGGCGAUAGCAGCAGCGUGCAGCACUUGAUCAGAUGUGUUGGAAACAGCCUUUGGGCCUUCGGAGUUCUAUGCUUUUGGCACGAACCUUUCGUGCAGGCAGUGGGGCGACGUGCCAUCACCAGCGCAGCAGACCUCACUGCACAGGAGAUGGCCAAUGUGAGCUUCGGCCUUCGGACACUUCUUUGCUGGCGCAGGUUGUCCAACGUGGCAAGCUACGUUUUGAUGCGAAGGCAAAGCAAAGAUCCCACCGCUGCUGAAGUAAGCUCGCUUGAAAUGCUACUGCUGGACGGGGCCGAGGGGGUCCAUGUCCAUCCUGACGGAUGA